AUGGUGAACCUGAAGCAGCUUGCCCUCUGCUUACUUCUCAUUUUGGCCUGCACCCUUUCAGCCAGCCGUGGGGCAGAAAUAGCAGCCGCUUCAGAUGUUUCAGCAUGCAUGAUGGAUUCGAAGGAACACAUCAGCUGGGCAAAUGCCGGGGGUGAAGCGCCCGUGCGGUUAUCUGUCCUGGUGGUGUCGCCCCCUUCUUCUGGCCACUUCUUACCUCUUGUCUCCAUUGCGGCCGAGCUCAAGUCAAGGGGCCACGACGUCACGUUCCUGGGACUGGUGCACAGGGAGCGCGAGUACUUCUUCCUCAAGGAGCUCAACCGCACGAAGAUCCCCUUCCACCAGCUGGGCUACUGGCCGAGGAGCCUUCCGGACGACCAGGCGCGCCACGAAUCAAACGCGUUUAAAGCGGCCGCCAGCGAGCGCCCCCCCUUCCUCGCGUUCAUGGAAGGCGACGUCGCGUCCUGGGUCGGGUUGGAUCGGUACCUCGCGCAGCUGGCAGACGACGCGAGCGCGCCAGGGGGCGAGACGGGUCGCCGGGCUCCUGCUGACGUCAUGGUCAUCGACCACGGCUUCCGGGCGUGCGGCGCGAGCGCGGAGGCGAAGUACAAUAUCACUCCGGUUUACGUGCACACGUGGAGGAACUUCGUCCUCGCGCCGUCCUGGCCGUUCUCGGCAGCGGCUCUGGAACGAGAGGUGCCCCCGCAACUGCACUCGUGGUUAAGCGGUCACAGCCCCUCGUCUGUCGUCCUUGUUAACCUAGGCACGGUUAACCCCCUAACCCGCGGCAUGGUCGGGCUCAUAAUCGAGGGGCUUGGAAACGUAAACCUGGACGUGCUAUGGGUGGUCAAGGAAUCUGCCUGGGGCGUUCUCGAGCCCUUCGAGAUCCCACCCAGUUUCCGGAUGGAGAAGUUUAUCCCCCAGAGGGAGGUCUUGCGCCACCCCGCCAUCGCCGCAAUGAUUACGCACUGUGGCAACAACGGGGUGCAGGAGGCUCUGGCGAGUGGGAUCCCAGCGAUUGGUCUACCCGUGAUGUACGACCAAUUCGACGUCGCGCAGCGACUCGCGCACGCGGGCUUCCCCACCCUGCACCCGCUGCGCGCCACGCCGGCCGACCUUUCUGCGGCAGUGCGCGCGGUGACCGCGCGAGACCCGGCCACGGAGAACGUCUACCGGGCGAAAGCGCGCAAGAUCGCGCGCAUCUUUCGGUACCUGGGAGAGUUUGUCGAGCAUGUCGCAGAAUUUGGGGUCGACCACUUGCGGACGGCGGACCUCGACAUGCCAUUCGUUGUCAAGUACAAGCUGGACUCUUCAGCCUUCGCGGUUGCGGUGGCCGCAAUCGGGAUUUUGUCCGUUCGUUUCGUCGUACGAUGUCAAAUGAAGAAGCUAGCCAUUGCUUCGGGAAAGUGA